AUGAAACAAAAUAUAUUAACAUUUGUGAUUAUUGCUUGUGGAGCAUUAUGCUUAUCUUAAUUGACAGUUCAAGUGACAAAUUAGUGUGAAUGUUCAUAAUUUGAUCAAUACACUUGUGGUACUUUGAAUAAAUAUUAAUCUUGUGGAUGGAAUGCUACUUCAAAUGCAUGUGAAAGCCUGGGAUGCAGAUAAUUGAAUAAUUAGACUACUUGUUAGCUAAAUUUUUUAGACUGUUGGUGGGAUGGAAGUUAAUGUUAAUCAUUUAGUUCUUGUUCGAAUCUAAAUUCUUCUUAAAAUUUAGAAUGUUUUUAGUAAAAUGUUCAAUGCUCUAAUUAAUUAAAUUCCACAACCUGUAUAUCAUUAGAUAAUUUACCAAAAUGCUCUUAAUUUAAUUAGACCUAAUGCACUUUAUAAUAAAUGGGUUUUCAAGGAACCUUAUGUUAUUGGAAUAAUUCAACUUGUUAGACAGCAUAAUCUUGCACAAACUUCUAAGAGAAUCAAUGCUCAUAAUUGGAAGAUACUUGUAUUUGGAAUAAAUUUUCUAAUGAAUGUGUACAAAUAUAAUGUAGUGAUUAUACAUUUGAAUAAGAAUGCAAAUUUGUAAUAGAAGGAUUGAAUCCUUAAACAAUUAUGCCAUGUCAAUUUGUAUAAGGAUAAUGUUAGUCCUAUUAAAAUGCAAAGAGUUUAAAAGCUCAAGAUUGUUCAUAAAAAACCUUUUAAACAUAUUAUUGGAUUUAAGUUUCUAAUAGUACUGGGUUAUGCAUCCCAUGUAUGUACAAAAUACCUUAACAAGACAUAUUUAAUUAAUAUCAACCAAAUAAUGAAUGUCAAUGUUCAAAUUACCUAGGUGAAUAGUGCCAAUAAGCAGAUUACUGUAAUUGGUAGAAUAAUACAGAAUGUAAUACUUUGAAUUGUGAUCAGAUAUAAGAUUAACUAUCCUGCAUCUAAAAUCUUUAAUGCAUUUGGUAGAAUAAUACUUGUUAAUCAUUUACAAAUUGUCCUAAAGCGCAAACUUAAUAAUAGUGUCUUGGCAGCUCAUUCAAUUGCCCUUUUUUUAAUUUCACUUCUUCAUAAUGUACUGGUUUGUCUUCUUCCUUAUGUUUGAGCUAAACUACAAAAGAUUUAUGCUUAAUGUAACUAGGAUAUUGCUAUUGGUCAGGAUAUUAAUGUUAUCAAGUUUAAACUUGUGAAUAAAUAACUUCAUAAAAACAAUGUUAUAGAUUUGGUUAUUCCUGUAUGUGGUAUCAAAACAGAUGCUAAUCAUUAACUUGUGCAUCCAUUUAGGAUUCUAAAAACUGUAUUUAUACAAUUCCAAAUUUGUACACAAAUGACGUUUAGCCUUGUAUUUGGCAAAGUGGAAAAUGUUAAAAUUUAACUGAUUCAAAUAAUUUGAAUGCUACUUAAUGUAUUUCAAAUACUUUACAUACUUUUAAAUGGACAGGCUCAAGUUGUGUUUCAUGUUCAUAGCAUAAAAAUCAAACAAAACUUUAUUUAGAAAUUCCUAAUCAAUGUUAAUGUUCUUAAUUAUAUAAUGAAUUUGAUUGCUCAGAAUAAAGUAGUUCUUGCAUGUGGCAAAACAAUUAUUGUUAACAACUUGUAUGUUCAAAUAUAGUGAUAUAAUCAAACUGUGCAUCCAAUAAAAAUUGUCUUUGGUCUGGGGGGUAAUGCGUAAAUUUUACAUCUUGUGGUAGUUUAAUAGGAACAUCUCAAUCUGAAUGCAUAGUUUAAAGUAUUAAUUGUCCAGGAAGUAAUGGGAAAAAUUGUACAAAUACAAUGAGUCCAUGUUCAUCUUAUUCAAAUUAGAGUUUAUGUACACAUGUAUUAGGUAAUAAUGGAUUCUGUAUAUGGCAAAAUGGAUCCUGUUAAAUAUUGAGCAAAUGUUCAUAAUUAACAUAAUAAAAUGAUUGCUAAUAGUUUUAAAAGUAGUGCUAUUGGAGUAAUAAUAUUUGUUAACCUGUAAGUUGUUCAAUAUUUACUAAUCCAUAAACAUGUUAAUACUACUAUUCAUCAAUCAAUUCUUAUACUCCAAUUCCAUGUUAUUGGAAUUCAGCUUAAGUAGUUUGCGCUUAAACAACAACUUAUGCAAACUAAUUAACUUCAGCCACUUGCUCAAUAAAUACUAAAUAAACAGCAAGAUGGAGUAAUACUUUAAAAAUCUGUUUGACUUGUUAAGCUCCUUAAUACCCAAAUCCCUAUAGAUGUGCAUGUUCUUAAUUAAUUUCAUAAAUAAACUGUAUGUAAAGUUUAGAAUGCCAAUGGAAUACUCAAAGUAAUCACUGUCAACAAUAACCAUGCACUGGAUUGACUUAAUCAUUAUGUAUUCAAAAUUCAUAAUGCAUGUGGAAUAAUGGGUCUUGUUAAACAUUCACAUCAUGUACUGCAUUAUCAGGUGGUAGUUCAGAUGAAUGCGCCUCUUAGACUCUACGAUGCCCAUAUUAUAAUUCUAAAACUAACAAGUGUUAGGCAGCAACUUUAAAUAACAAUCUAACUUGUUAAGAUAUUAAUAAUCCAUAAGAAUGCUUUGAUCACUAAUCUCCAUAUUUUUAAUGUUCUUGGAAUUAUAAUACNCUCAUUCAAUUGCCCUUUUUUUAAUUUCACUUUUUAAUAAUGUAUUGCUUUGACUUCAACCUUAUGUUAGAGCUAAAAUACACCAGCCCUAUGCUUAAUCUAGCUUGGAUAUUGCUAUUGGUCAGGAUCUUAAUGUUUUCAAGUUAAAACAUGUGAACAAAUAACUUAAUAAAAACAAUGUUAUAGAUUUGCAUAUUCCUGUAUGUGGUAUCAAAACUAAUGCUUAUCGUUAACUUGUGCGUCCAUUUAAGAUUCUAAAAAUUGAAUAGAAUUUAAUAAUUUUUAUUAACAGUAUUUAUACAAUUCCAAACCUGUACACAAAUGAUGUUUAGCCUUGUAUUUGGAACAGUGGAAAAUGUUAGAAUUUGACAGAUACAAAUAGCUUGAAUGCUUCACAAUGUAUUUCAAAUACUUUAAAUACUUUUAAAUGGACAGGCUCAAGUUGUGUUUCAUGUUCCUAGGCUAAAAAUCAAAUAAAAAUAUAUUUAGAACUUCCAAAUUAAUGUUAAUGUUCUUAAUUGUAUAGUGAAUUUGAUUGUUCAGAAUAAAAUAAUUCUUGCAUGUGGGACAAUAAUUUUUGUUAACCCCUUUUAUGUUCAAAUAUAAUGAUGUAAUCAUCCUGUGCAUCUAAUAAAAAUUGUGUUUGGUCUAAAGGGUAAUGCGUAAAUUUUACAUCUUGUGGUAAUUUAAUAGGUGCAUCACAAUCGGAUUGUAUAGUUUAAAGUGUUAAUUGCCCAGGAAGUAAUGGGACAAAUUGUACAAACACAAUGAGUCCAUGUUCAUCUUAUCAAGAUUAGAGUUUUUGUACACAUGUAUUAGGUAAUAAUGGAUUCUGUAUAUGGCAAAAUGGAGCCUGUCAAGUAUUGAGCAAAUGUUCAUAAUUAACUUAAUAAAAUGAUUGUUUAUAAUUUUAAAAUCAGUGUUAUUGGAGUAAUAACAUUUGUUAACCUAUAAGUUGUUCAAUAUUUACUAAUCCACAAACUUGUUAAUAUUACUAUUCAUCAAUAAAUUCUUAUACUCCAAUUCCAUGUUAUUGGAAUCCAAUUUAAGCAGUUUGUGCUUAAGCAACUAAUUAUGCGAACUAAUUAACUUCAGCCACUUGUUCAACAAAUACUAGAUAAACAGCAAGAUGGAGUAAUACUUUAACAAUCUGUUUGGCUUGUUAAGCUCCUAUAUAUCCAAAUCCCUAUAGAUGUACAUGCUCUUAAUUAAUUUCAUAAAUAAACUGUAUGCAAAGUGUAGAAUGCCAAUGGAAUACUCAAAGUAAUCAAUGUCAACAAUAAUCAUGCACUGGAUUAACUUAAUAAUUAUGUCUUCAAAAUUCUUAAUGUAUGUGGAAUGGGUCUUGUUAAACAUUCACCUCAUGUAUUGCUUUAUAAGCUGGUAGUUCAGAUGAAUGCGCCGCUUAGACUCUAAGAUGCGCAUUUUAUAAUCCCACUAGUGCAAAGUGUUAGGCAGCAAUUUUAAAUAGCAACCAAAAUUGUUAAGUUAUUAAUAAUCCAUACGAAUGCUUUAAUUACUUAAAACCAUAUUUUUAAUGUUAUUGGAAUUAUAAUACAAAUUAAUGUAAUUUUGGAAUCGAUUGUUCAAACUAUGGCUAUUAACAAUGUAUUUUCUCAUCAAUUUGUUAUUGGAAUAAUGGAUGUUAAUGGUAAACAUGUCAAAAUUAUCCGAAUAAAGAAACAUGUACUUUUACAAUAAAUCCAACUAAUUGGAAUUAUGUUUAAUCAUGUGCAUGGAAAAAUGGUUCUUGUGUUGCUGCAGAUAAUCUUUUUUCAGAAAAAACAUGUUUCCUCAAUACAGAUUAAACUGCUAGAUGGAGCUCUAACAAUGAGGAUGGUUAUUGCAUUCCUUGUAGUAUUCAAUUUAAUUAAUUGCUUGUUCCAAAAAAUAAAUGUUUAUGUGCCCAGAUAUUAACUCAAUAUGAAUGUAAUUUAGCUAAUUGCUAUUGGAAUGAAGGGUUUUGUAAUGAAAGUGGUUGUCCUCAAAGCUAACUCUAAUGUGUUUAAAAAGCAGAAUGCUAUUGGCUUUAUGACUCAAAUUACUCAGAAGGAGGUUCUUGUGAAUUUAUUCUAAAUCCAAUAUUACCAGAAUUUUGCACUAAACUUCGAGGAAAGAACUCCUUAGAAUGUUUAUCUUAAACAACAUUAUGUCCUAUUUCUAUAAAUGGAGUUUGUCAAAGUAGAGAGCAUCUAUAAACUUGCUCAAGCAUCUAGUCUAUGUAAAUAUGUUCAAAUGGAAUUGGAUAAGAAGGAUAUUGCAAAUAUGAAAAUUAAUCUUGUUAAUUACUCACCAGUUGUACUUAAUUAACAGUUUAAGGUGAAUGCUAUUUGUUUGAUAAAGCAUGUUUAUGGAAUGUCAUUACAGGUAAAUGUGAGUAAAUGACUUGUGCAUCCUAUUCUUAAACAAAUUGUUCAUUUGUAUAUUAGAAUAUUGACAGAGCUAAUAUAGAAAUAUGUGUUUGGAAUGGCAAUAGUUGUUCCCCUGCCUCAUAUCUUAUUAAAUAAUAUUCAUUUCAACAAUGUUACUAAACUUCUGGUGGAACUUAUCAUUGGAGUAAUUCUGGGUAAUCAAAUGGAUAAUGUAUUUCAUGUUCAAUAAAUAGGAUUAAACCUAAAAAUGCUUGUUCCUGUACAGAUCUAAAUGAAAUAGAAUGUACCUUAUCUAAACCUGUAUGCAAACUAAUUUAGAAUAAUCAAUGUGUAAAAUCGGAAUGCAAAGAAAUAUUUGAUUCAAUACACUGUUCUGAACAGAAUGAAUGUAUGUGGCAAGCUAAUUCAUGUGUGCCUUUUACAAAUUGUACUGAUUUGAAGGGUUCCUCUGCUCUAGAUUGCAUGGCAUAAUCAUUAUAAUGUCAAUCUCAAAUUGGUUGGGUUUGUUAAUCUGCAUAGAGUUUGGAUUCAUGUAGUAAAUAUGGAAUUGAAUUUUGUCACUAUGGUUCAAUAGGAUCAGAUGGUUUGUGCUAUUGGAACACUUAUAGCUAAGUUUGUUAAGUCAUUUCUUCUUGUGAUAAAGUUAAUAAUCAACCUAUUUGUUAAUCUUUGUCUCCUGCAUGUUAAUGGAGUUAUUAUUUUUCAUCAUGUGUUCCAUUCUAAUGUUAAGAUUAUCCCAAUGAAUUAUCAUGUAAAAAUGUGAUAGUUAAUCUCAAAGAUCCUCAAAUUAUGUUAUGUGUUUGGAAGAAUCAAAAAUGCUAACCUUAUGAAGAUACUUACUAUAGGUUUGAUAGUGCUAUUUGUUAUGUCCAAUCUGAUCACACGUAUAGAUGGAUUAAAGAAGAUAAAUAUGGUGUCAGAUGUUAAUAAUGCCUUUCAGCAUUCUUCAUCAUGGCACUUGCAAUAUUGAUUAUUUUUUGA